UUUUUGGAGAUUAACGCAACGAGCAUGGACGCUAAAAUAUUACUGAGAAUUGGAGUGCCUUAUCUUCUUUCAAUGCUGUAUUUAGUACAAGGAAUUCCUCCAAAACUUCUCUCUGCUCUGAAAAAUCACUUCCACGCCAGUUGUUUGUUUAUUUUGUCUUCGUCUGAUGAUUUACGAAAUGUUGAAAAACUUCUAAAACUUCAGCGACAUCUAUUCGAUGAAGGAAUUGAAACAGCCAUCAUGAAUAUCUCUGUCGCAACUACUCACGGCAAUUCAAUCUUCUGUAGACAUGGCAGAUUAUUAUACGUUGUGGAUUCGUUGUCUGAAACACUAACCCAUUUACAGCGGGUGAAGACAUCGCUUCCUCUGACGGUCCCUCGAUGGCUGCUGUUUCUGGGCCAACGCUCUGAAGAAGUCACUGCCCAGUUAGCCGAAGGUCUUAAGGCCCCUUUUGAUAGCGAGUUCUUACUUGCUGAGGUUGAAAAUAAUGGCUCCGUAUCCUUGACUGAAGUAUAUCGAGUGAACAGUUCUCUCCCCCUUCUGUCGUCACGUUGGGGGUUGUGGGGAGAGCAGACCGGGUUGACAGUCACGGGCACUGGGCAUGUCCAUUCGCGACGAGCGGAUCUCUUCGGCACGACGAUUCGUGUGGCAGCAGGACAUGAUCCCCCAUACGAUUAUCUUAUAAAACAUACCGAUGGCAAACGAUUGAAUAUGGAAGGAUAUUCAUCAGAAGUGUGGAAGCAAUUGGAAAUGCGACUUAAUUUCACAACUGAAUUAUAUGAAGCAAAGGAAAAUGAAUGGGGGUCUAUUCAGGAGGAUGGUACUUGGAGUGGAAUGAUUGGUAUGAUUUUAAAUAAUAAAGUUGAUGCAGGUGUAAAUUCAUUCUUGGUGACCCCUGCAAGAGCAUCAGUAAUUGACUUCAUUACUCCUUUAGUAACUUCAAAGGCAGGUGUGUUCAUACGAAUACCUGGCAUUCUGGAUUCUAGAUGGGGAGUUUUUAUUACUUCAUUUGACUUUGCUCUUUGGAUCACAUUAGUUAGACAUUGGGCUACUCCAAAUGAAUGGUCAUGUCGCAUUGUGUUUUGGACAGCAUAUUUCAUUGCUGUUAUUGCAGCAGCUGCAUACUCUGCAAAUUUUAUGGCAUGUCUUGCAAUUAGGAAAGUGUCAUUACCGUUUACUUCUUUGGAAGGGCUACUGAGAGAUGGUUCGUAUGACUUUGGUGUGCUGGCAGAAUCAGGAUUGUUAACAAUUUUCCAGGUUGGAGAAAAUGAGGCAGACUGGCUUUUUGUUACGAAUUUAUAAUGACAAGUGGUCGCCGGUGACAGAUGCUCCAGAGCUUCCUCCAAAAAGAGUAGAGUUCGAUGAUGUUAUAUCUUUAUUUUCUUUUGGUGGUGUUGUUCUAUGUGGUGCCCUAUUAAUGCUCUAUUUUGAAAAAAAGUUGAAAUCUAGAACAAAUUAUUGAUAAUUAGACUUUUUCACUCAUAAAAGCUUUCUAAUUGCAAUACAAAUAUUAAUUUAUUCUAAUUGUAUGAUAUUGCUAUCAACUACACUAUACUUGAAAAUUGAAAAGUUCUAUCGUGUGUGGUGUGGUUUGUGUGUGUGUGUGUUUUGAUGUGUAAUGAAUUUUGAUGUGGAAAAUUGUGGUAGGAUUUAAUACUAAUAAGUAAUGUUAAGCGGAAAGCAGUACCGGCACAGCUUCUAAAAAAUACAUCAAUACACAUUUUUCAAAAUAUUUACUGAAAUAUGUAGCUAGCAGUUGAAAGGAGUGACUUAACAGUAGAUGAGUUUUCACAAACAAGUUUGUGUGACUUAAUGAAGAAGAGACCCCUAAAAUUAUAAAGUAAAAAUUUAUAUGACCAUAAAAAAAAUUAAACUGUUUUGAAUAUAUAAAUAUUAAAAUAUUUUUUUGACAAAAUUUUAAAACUUGAAUAAUGUUAGCACAAUUUAUUUUAAUUCAAAUUGUCAUUUAUUCUACCAAUUUUCUCAACAUUUGCAUGCCUAGGUUAUUUCUAUGAUGUAAGUGAACACACAGGUUUAGAUUCUGUAAUUGUUGCUGGAAAAAAUACCAUAUUUCUGUUUUAAAAAUCAUGUACAUAGUACUGAAUCAAGAUAACAACAGCAGUAAAAUCAUCACAGUGAUUGAACCAAAAUAUGCAAAGUUUAAAUAACUAUCACAGUUGUAUCAUCAGUAUUUUGUUUUAACAAAGUUCAACCUCGAAAGAAAACCUUUCAGAUUCAUGAUUUGUGAGAUACAAUCUUUGUUUUUCGUACCUUCCUUAAUUUGACUAUUUGUGAAUCACAAGUAAUAUUCAAUUUGAAUUAAGUAGGUUUUAAUAAAUUAUGAUGAAUGAGUUAAAUUGUAAAAAUAUUUUGUUUUAAACCUAAUUCUUUGUGAUUAACAACAAAUGUGAAGGAUGGUUAAUGGCGGUUUCAGUUACAUAUUUGUAAGUUACUGGACUCCAUUUAAAGUCCCAGAGCUCCAAUGUUAACAAGGCACAAUUUGUUGAACCCAACAAAGUUUUCGUUGUACUGUAUAAACUAUUCAUUUUGACUAGUGGGCAGUUUUUUUUUCAAUGAAUCUGAAUGACUGAACCAUCAAGAAGAGAAAUCGUUUUAAAGUACUUUAAGUAAGCAAUUUAUGAUGUAACUUGCUGAAUAUGUACAACUAAGAGAAAUGCACUUCCCCUUUUUAAUACCAUAUUAUCCCCAUAUGAUUGUCAUUUCUAUUUGAUUUGUUGGAAUCCCCAACCCCCUCCAUGAAUGAAAUAAACGUAGUUUGGGAAAACAUCUUAUAGUGCAU